AUCGGUUUAAACACUCAGAAGACGUAAGAAACCGAAAUAAUUUCAAUCCCCGUUGGAUGAAUGAACGUAACACGCAGCGUGACAAUGACGUCACGUCGAAGUCGUGAUGCUUGUGGCUCGCGAGCGCACAACAAACAGCGCCUCUCUCCGCCCACACCAUUAAACUGUAUUGCACUCGCUGUAUCACGUCUGAGUCUGAAUUUUUACGACUUAAAAAUAUAUAUAGGAAUGUUUUUGAAUAUAUUAAAAGCCUGAAUCUUUUUUUUUUCUCGUCAGGACUUCUUUUAUUCUCAUAACCGUGCGUGGGACUUAUAGAGGAAGAGGAGUGCACAGCUAACGCUGCUAGCCGCUUUAUUAAUAUAUUAUUUUUCAUAUCUGAGAGGCGGGGAUUCCAAAGCCGUCAAAAAAUCGACUUUUGGAUGCAUUCAAUUAACACCAGCGUUUCAUUUCAUAGUCGCCCUAACUCAGGACUUCUAUUUUCCGUAGACAACAGCAAGAAGCUAUCGGGGAAUUACAUGGAUUACCUGUGUUUCAGGACGUUCUGCUGUAAAGGACCUCCCCCUCCCAGGCCAGAAUAUGACGUGGUUUGCAUCGGUCUGACGGGUUCUGGGAAGACCAGCCUGCUUUCCAGACUUUGCAGUGAGGCAACAGACAACAUCGUCCCCACCACAGGAGCGGAUUCAAUUAAAAAGUACUGGAGCCGGUACUACCAGGGCUCUCAGGGGGUGGUGUUUGUUUUGGACAGUGCUUCAUCAGAGGAGGAUCUGGAGGUGGCGCGUACGGAGCUCCACUCGGCCCUGCAGCAUCCGCAGCUCUGCACGCUUCCCUUCCUCAUUCUGGCCAACCACCAGGACAAACCUGCUGCCCGCUCUGUACAAGAGAUAAAGAAAUACUUUGAACUGGAGCCUCUGGCACGAGGCAAGAGCUGGAUUCUGGAGGGAAGCACUGUGGACAACAUGGAUGUGGUAAAGGAAAGCUUUGGUCAGCUCAUUCAUCUGCUGGAGGAAAAGGAUCAGGAUACAGGCAGGAUAUGACCCAGGGACGACAUCCCAGCAUCCCUCAGACACUACCGAUCGCCAACUCACCACAGGCCAGCACAUCCCAGGUCGCCAUGGCUGUUGUGUAAACUACGUUGUUACUUUAACUCUGUUACUGUGGUGAAACUUAUUGAGCCAUGGAAAAAUGGACUUUGGUAAAUCCUCACGUAAGGAUUCAUAUCUGCAGAAAAAGAAGGUACUUCAGCCCUGAAGUUUGAUACCUUCUCUCAAACCACACGUAUUAACCCAGAACACACGAUUACCAUUGUCAGUAAAAUGGUUAUAUCAGUUCUUUUUAAUACUAGUUGCACAUUGCUACUAAAUAGAUGAUUUAUGCUUGGUCACGUAGGGCAACUGGACGUCAUGUAGUCCCUGGUUUCUUUUCUUGAGUGAUUGCGUGAAUGCGUGUUUGCGAGAGAGUGAGAGAUGCUAGUUUGUACUUAAAAGCCUUAAUGUGAGUGUUAACGUUUCAAUGUGUUCUCACAAAUGACAGUCUUUCGAUGUAAUUCAAAUAUGCCGUCUUAAAUAUUUGUGGCUGUGAAGUGAAAAGUGGAAUUAUGAGUGACUCCUGAGUCGUAAAAAAAUAAUAAAAUCUUCUCUUGUCAUGUAAUGUCUCUAAACAGCAUGGAGCCGCAUUCGAUUGGAUCUUUAGAGUGACCUAUAAACGCACAUUUUUGAUUUAAGAUUACUGAGGACACAAAGAUGUUUUUAUAACUUGGUCUUGUAUUAUUUCAAAGCUGAACAUAUCCAGGAUUUUGCUCAUCUAUCUCUUUAUCUUGGAUGGUAAUGGUUGACCAAGCCCUACUGAAAAAUAUAACAACCGGUUUGACUUUGUCUUUUCACCAUAGACACUAAAACUACAAUCAGCCCCUCUAGGUGAACCAUGACAGAGCCUUCAAUUUUGUAUGCAUGAUGUAUUGACCAUGUGCUUGUUUGGAUAUCACAUUAUUUGUUUUUGAAUUUUUUUGUAUUUCUGUUGGCCCUGAAUGUAAAACACUCUCUUUGCAUAAGCACACCUCCUCUAUUCUCAAAGUCCUUCCAUUUAGAUGAGUUUCCAGACACAUGAACAAAGGAGGAAUCUAAUGCAAGAGCAACCAAACUAUUCAUGUGCCACAUCAGCCGCACUUCCGAAAGCAACUAUACUUUGAAAAACACCUUGAAAUGCAUAUUCAUCACCAAACUCGGGCAUCAUCUUGUGUUUUAUUUAUAUCUACUACAAUUUUAUACCCUCAGAACCAAUUCAGCUGCCUUUUUGUAAUUCAAAUAUUUGUACAUUUGUUACAGAUUAGUCUCUGGAGAGGACAUGUGCCUGUCUUUGUACUGGAAGGAAAACAAAGUCUAGGUGGGCUUUUAGCAGUUUACCAAGGUGGCAUCAAGUCAUUCACAUGUUUGACUGUGUUUAUGUGUAUUUAUGCAUAAUUUCCACUGAGUAACAUGGAAAAUAAAGGCAGAAGAAGGACAAA